AUGCCCGAAAAGAUAGACCAACGGCUUGAUGGAAAGGUUACUCGGAUAUUUCCCGUCCAUAGUUUUUCAGAAUGCUCGCCGUGUCAAGAUAUUCUUGAGAAAUGGGCCGUACAAGUCGACAAAGGCGGGCCAGAAGUAACAGCCCUUAUUGAGGCCGCUGAAGCAAUACGGACUAGUGAUAUUCCUGUAGCCUUUCCGACCGAGACAGUUUAUGGGCUAGGUGCAGACGCAACUCGCAGCGGAGCUGUUCAAGGAAUAUACAAAGCAAAACAGCGGCCCUCGGAUAAUCCGCUGAUCGUCCAUGUCAGCUCUAGAGAUCAACUAGAAAGACUUCUCAUGGAUCCAAAGCAGUCAAAUGGGGCUAUCAAAUGCCGUUCUACAUCAUCUAUUCCAAAAAUAUACGAACCCUUAAUCAAGAGAUUUUGGCCGGGACCUCUAAGCAUUAUACUUCCCAACCCAUCCCAUUUGCCUUUGGCUCCAGAAGUCACUGCAAACCUCCCGACCUUCGCUGCACGGAUGCCUUCAUCUCCUCUUGCACGACUUCUUAUUGCGCUUGCUGACAGACCGGUGGCUGCACCGUCUGCAAAUGCGUCUACAAAACCCUCUCCGACGACUGCACAACAUGUAUUUACGGAUCUUCAGGGACGGAUAGAAAUGAUUUUAGAUGGCGGGCCAUGUGGAGUGGGUGUUGAAAGUACGGUAGUUGAUGGGCUCAGCUCGCCUCCUGCUAUUCUUCGACCUGGUGGAGUUGGAAUUGACGAGCUACGAACUUGUCCGGGAUGGGAGGAUGUUAAAAUCGGGUAUAAGGAUGGGGCUCUACAAGGCAAAACUGCUCCCCGGGCACCUGGAAUGAAAUAUAAACAUUACUCCCCCAAAGCAAGAGUCGUACUUUACGAACCUGGUCAGGACCCCAACUCUGUUAUGAACAGAAUAAUUGCCGAUAUCAAUAAACAGCCCGAGUGGGCAAAUGGGUCAGCUGCUAUUGGUGUUGUCCGGACAAAGACCUGGAAGAAGGGACUAGGAGUCUCUCAAGUGUCGUUAUCCAAUGGUGAAAGUUGCGAAGCUACGACCUCCGCUAUAGGUUCAAUCCUUGAUAUACCUGUUGAAUGCGACUCAAUUAAUGCGCCUUCACACCGUAUCAAUAUGCUUGAUAUUUAUUUGGGGCAAAAUACCUCAUCAAUUGCACGGGGCUUAUUUUCUGCCCUUCGCAGUCUUGAUGAGAGGAACGUACCUGUUAUAUACGUUGAGGGAAUAUCAGACACCGAAGGGGAUCUUGCAGCCGCUGUGAUGAAUCGCCUACGAAAAGCAGCAGAGGAAGAAGUCAAGGUGUCACAUUGA